AUGGUUUGUUUCAAGAAUUGGUGCGAGCGGAGUGGAGUGAAGGAGUGUGGAAAUGUGCAUGGUGGAUAUUGGUACGGUCCGUGCAUGUUCAUAUAUAAUACUAAUUACAUGGAUAUUUUUUGCGUGAAUCAACGGAGAAUUGUGGCCAAGCCACAAAAUUGGGCUGAACAAAAUCCUCCAUAUGAAACACUUGAAUUGGAAGGAGAUGCUGAUGACGAGCAAAUAAAGAUUGCUUUUAGAUGUUUAGCCAAAUUUUAUCAUCCAGAUGUUUAUGAUGGUAGAGGAACCCUUGGGGAAGGUGAAAUAGCAAAAGCUAGGUUCAUCAAGAUUCAAGCUGCAUAUGAAUUGCUUAUAGAUGGGGAGAGGCGUAGACAAUAUGAUAUGGAUAAUAGGGUUAACCCUAUGAAGGCAUCUCAAGCGUGGAUGGAUCUCCACAAACCCUAUUUAUGA